AUGGUUUCCGUUGACCAGUGCAUCAUUGACGAAAAUGAGGUCACCCUCCUCAGCGGAUUCGGAAUUGACAGCGGCAUCAUCGUUGACGAAAUCGCCACUCGUGUUCUGAACAGACCCAACCCUAGCCUUCGAGUGCUCCUGAUCUGGUCGGAGAUCUCGGAGUGGACCGACUUGCGCAAGGCAGAAGAGUGGAUAAGACUCAAUAGCUCGUGGGUGCGAGAUGUCGUUAUUGCCAGAUGCGCAGACGAGUUGGUGGAGGCACCCUCCUUUAGAGGGUUUGGCCGCCUUUUGGAUCUUUUUGGGAGUGGGGGGACAGCGAUUGUUACUUUCAGCGAAGAGAGCGCGGGAGACCAUUCUUCCCCCAACGAUGUUGUCUCCCCGACCCAGAUCAUUCACCACAUGCUCCCGCCCGACCUCAAACUGCCAGCGAAGAUAACCCGAUUUUACGAAGGGACGCAAAGAAUGUGGGACGAGAGAAAGGCUCUGAAGGACGAGAGGGAGGCGCUGGGCAAAGAGAGGGAGGCGCUGAGGGUAGAAAGAAGGAUUCUGACGGAGGAGAAUACGCGUCUCAACUCUGCGUUGGCCAUUUCCGGCGCCCAGCAGCAUCUUCUGAAAGCUGAGAGGACCCACGCAGAGACUCGGUGUGCAGAUCUACGCCAUGACCUUGAUCUGUUGCGAGAGUCCAACCGCAAGGUGGACGAGGAGCUCAAGACCGUCAAGCUUGCCCUGCAGGACAGAGAUGACGAGAAUGCCAAGCUGCGCUCCCAGCUGUCGUUGGCGGAGGCGGACAUGGAAACACAUACCAGGAAGAAGAUCCGGUUGUUGGAGGAAUCCGUGUCCCAGGCCAAGGAGAACGAGGAAAAGUAUAUGCUGCAGGUCGAACGGUUGCUGGAAGAAAAGGACCAGUCUCGUGAGGAGGAGAAAAAGAAGAAUGAGCGCGUCGCUCAGCUAGAAUCCAGGGUUCGCAAGCUUGAAGCGGACUUAAAUGCUGGACGCCCUUGGUAUAAACUGGAGAAACUCGUCAAACGAGAGUAG